AUGGGGCGGAUUUUGUGUGAAUUGUACCUAAUUCCUUUUUCCUUUCCCCUUCAUUUAUGUGAUGCGUGCGCCCUUUCUACUUUUCUCUACGACUUUUCUUUGGGUGGGGGGUUUUGUAUGACGACAGUUACGAUGAGGGAACGGCGUGAAGGUCGUGAGCCUCACACAUUUUUGGACAGCUGUCACCUUGCGGAGCACACAUCGCCGCGACUAAAUGAUCUCAGGCAUUCGAACCGUUCCGGUGGGAACCCCGAGGCGACGACGUCGACUGUCUUUAAUCGCUUUAGUAGCGUGAGUCCGCAGCAUCCUGGCAUCUCAUACGAUAGUGCGAACUGCACCAGGAAUGGUGUCGGGGGCAGCGGUUAUAUGCCGCCACCACCUCCUCCUCCUCCUCCGUCCUUCUUUUUUGGGGGUAGCAGUGGAGCCGACUCGAGGGGUGUCGGCUGGCCGCCGCCUCUUCCGGCCACGUACUGGACGCUACCGCAGGAUGCCCCGUGGAUCCCACCACCACCCAUCCCACACAACACCUCGGGCGCUUCGUGUGGCGAAAACUGUGGUGAGGCGGCCGCAAAGUGGCCGACGCCACAAGACAUUCCAUUUCCAUCCACUUUUCCGUUUCCACCACACAUGCUGCCGCCCUUCUUACCAAUCUCUCCAAACAUGGACUGGAGCCAUAUCCCACCCCCUCCGCCGUGGUUUCCGCUGUUGCAGGGUCCUCAACAUCCAAAGGAACAGCAGUGGGAAAAUUAUCGUGAGGAUAAUAAGUCAAUUAUCUACGACGACUACGACGAGGAUGAUGAUAACGAAGGCAGUGUGACGGAGCCAGGUCCUCGAAGAGGAAGAGGGCCCUCACCACAUCGAAGGAGUUCCAGGCGUCAACCUUCGAUAUCAGCGCAAGAAGAGGAACAUAUGCGUUUGAUUGCUCGUGAGGCGAAAAGGCGUCAGCUGCGUGCCAGCGCCUCCCAUACAUCAGUUAGAGACCCUGUGAAGGGCUCCAUGAAAGGAGGGCGUCAGGCACCUAAAAACCUAUCGUCAACACGUGGGCGAAAUAAAAUUUGUGCAACACCAGCAUCUGCGAGAAGGCUCAGCCCCUCUUCUGCCAAUUCACGGCACAUCGUGACAAACUCUCGAUCAUCCAGUAGAUCAAUGGCACAUCAGCAACGGAGAAAUUACUACGCUGAGGCAUGUGCACUCAAAGUACCUUCACCUCGUUUAAAGGACGCUAUGGAAAAGCGACCUUCCCACCAAAAUGUACGAAUGUCAAAUACAUCUCGUGAUCACAGCCGUGGGCAUAAAAAUCAUGCGGGUGUGAAAAGCAGAAACGAUAACAGCAGUCGCUUAUCUAAUGCUGCUAGGCAUAGCGGUAUUCAUCAUACUUCUUACCAAGAAGCCGCAAGGCAAGAUGAGCGCGUGGCCGAGUACCUUAAGGGUAUUGAAGACCUUUAUAAGCGCCUACGUAGCAGCUAUGAAGAAUUUCAACGUGAUCCAUCGAAAUUUAUUAGGAAUGCAUCCGUUUUUAAGGAAGCAGCAUUAGCCAAAGCCCCACCACUACCAUCGGCAGCGGCACGGAAAUCGUCGGCAACACGCAACCUUCUUGAUGACGCUGACACAGUCGGGGGCAAAGAAUACAACAUGGAGCGCGAGGUAUCACAAGGGAAAGGAAUUCCGUUAUUAUCCCAAGAGUCUCAAAGAAUACGCGAUGAACUGUUCAAAUUAGAAAUGCAGUGGCAACGACUCGAGGAGUUAAAGCGAGGCUCCACGGGAGAACGGGGCGCUGCUCCGGUGGAGAUGUUGCAGGAGAAAGGCAUCAAUGACCCGCCAUUGCGCAUGCAAAAUGGAACGGGGACAGGUAAGACGAAGAUCAAUGGAGGAGAAGUCGAUGAUAGUAGAAAUGGGGGAAAAAAUGAAGGAAUCACGAGCAUGGAUGGCUCUCAAUAUGGUGCCAAUGUAAAGGCGAUCGCCACGACAGGAGGGAUUAGAAGAGACAAACCCACGGCUAGCAUUCCGUCACGCAGUUCUACCCCACGUUUUGCUGGAGAUCAGUUACAAAACGGCCUUUCCGACAGCGGUCAAUGGGGUCGCAGGAAUUUGACUGGAAAUAAUGCUACAAGCGGUCACGGACCAUUUACCCGUGAUCAUUUGCUGGGAUUGGUGAGGGAGCGGAAGGCCAUGUUGGAGUAG